AUGGACAAGUUGAAUUCUUCGAACGAGGGAAAUACAGCUAAAGUUAAGAGCAGAAUAUUGGCCUGCUUUAGCUACACCACUGCCCAUGGAUAUGGACGAGUCGCCACAGCCAUUGGUGAAUCACGAUUGAGAAAAUGGUUCUGGUUGUUGGCUUGUGCCGCCGCAUACGGCGUGUUUACUUAUCAGCUCAUGGACUUAGCAUCUCAGUAUUUGUCCAAACCAUUAAAAACGAGGGCAAGCAUCGCACAUGAACAGGUGAGCUGAGUGACAAACUUUUCUUUAACCGGCAUUGAAAUCCUCACUCGAAAUGCGCAUUGAUAUCUAUAUUUCUUAUUUAUAGUUUUGAACCUCUAGUAUAAUGAUUCCGAUAUAUCCUAAAAGCCUCCGAAUUAGAAAAACACUGGAAUUAUAUAUCAUAUGCAAUGAUCCAGCAGACCACCGAAUGUUGACAGGUGUCCAAAAUUUUUUACACAAGCAAACGAACGAGUCAUAGUCCCUGUAGCAUAUUGUUCUUAACAAAAACCUUGGUUUGUGUGGUUGCUAUUUUUCCUUUGAACACGCGUUUGGCACAGAACCAAGACAUGUACCGACCUUGAACUCCUGGGCCAGUUCAGACAAAAAACUAAAUAGAAAGUUGAUUUAGCAUCAGGGUGCAUUCUUUGGUUUUGACUCCUGUUUCCACUUUGAAGCUUGCAAAAUACAGGAGGUCUAUGGAAAUGAUUUCAAAAUGGGAAUUAAGAUUGAAAACGGAAAACCCUACUUUUUACCACAUUAAUGCACAAUUAUAACAUUAAUGAUGGACAUACGAGUACGGUGUAACGUGCCAUCAAAUUAUCAAAAUUCCCAGUGGUAGAAUUUAAUAAAAACAAUACAGCUGUUGCCUAAAAUGAAAUAGCUGACUCCCUGGCGGGAAGUGGUCAUAAAUGGAAACACUAGAGCAUUUUUUACAUUAGAAGUUAUAGAAUAAUCAAUAUUUCGUUAGGUGAUUAUUAAUUGACCUUUCUACGUUUUUAUAGAAAUUGGAAUUUCCUCAAGUUACUAUCUGCAACCUCAAUAAGAUCCGGAAGUCAAAACUACCGCAGCAAAUUAUUGACGAAUUUCCAGAAAUUCUCAAUUUUGACAUUGGAGAAAGUAAGAAAAUUCCAUUUUAUUUCUCAUUUGUAGCACAUGUGAUUUGAUAAUGAUAAUGAUACAAUUUUAUAUUUUGAAAUCUAGCUGAAACGCGCAACAUUACUGCCACACCAUCACAACCCGAUCAAAAUGAUUUUCCAGCGGUAAAGAAUCUAGGUGAUCUUCCACUUUUUGUACAAGUAGUGGAAAAGACUCACCAACGACUGGCAGAGUAUCCAGAGGCCGAGCUGGAACAGUUAGGACAUCAACUGGAAGACAUGAUACUCGCCUGCUGGUUCAAUGCUAUGGAAUGCCUGUAAGUAACCAGAGGCCAAGGUAGGCUGCCAUUUACUUUUUAGGUUAGCUAUACCUAUUUUGCAGACUGGUAACAGCCCUUUCUUAGCUGGUCUCUCGGUAGCUUAUUCUCCAUCACUGGGACAUUUAUGUUAAUGUUAAGAUAGUUCGAGACCGAUGUAACGCGGCGUUUCGUUUAGACCAAGAGAAUCAUCAGGUACUUUUCGGGAUUGUCAAUCAAUCUCGCUGAGGAUCUCUCUUGAAGUCCCGUUGGCGAAAUUCAAAUACUUGACAAGUUUUUACGAGUAUUUGACAACGUAUGGGUUUUAAGAAAACCUCAAUGAUAUAAGGAAUAGCCACAAAAUGCAGAGAAAAAGCUAUUUUAAAGUCAUUCUUGAUCUCUCUUUCUCGUGCCAUUCUAAACAGAAGUCAUGUCAGUUUUCACUGAUAUAAAUAGAACGACUUUCACCCGAGAAUACUUGGAUAUGACGUUGAGAUACUCUUCAUUGCAAAAUGUUUUAUAUCAAACUAUGAUAAUUACUUUUUUAGUUUCAACAAACAGCAUUUAUGGAUCCAAUUUUGGCAUCACAAGUAUGGUAACUGUUAUACAUUUAACCGAGGCACGAACGAGCACAAUGAAAGAACGGAAGUAAUGACGUCAUCUCUUCCUGGUCAUGAAGGUGGUAAGUAGUUGAUAAAAUGAUCCAAACAUAUCUAAAUAUUCGAUAUACCAUAUUCGAUAUCCAAACCAAACACGCCUGGUGGAAUUGACUUUUAACUCUCCGUCAAUUCCCAUGUUUCAUUCGUUUUGUACAAGAGCCUCUGGUUCGGCUGAUGUAGGAGCAACCUCAUUCUACGUCAUGAAAUUAAUUAAUUAAUCGAUUGGUUGAUUGAUUGAUUGAUUGCAGGUCUCACGUUAGAUAUCAACAUUGAGCAGUAUGAAUAUAUAGACUUGUUAUCUCAAGAAGCUGGUGUUCGAAUAUUCGUUGCUUCACAGAAUGACAUGCCUUUUCCUCACGAACUGGGCCACAGUGCACCACCUGGUUAUGCUACAGCCAUUCAGCUUAGAAAGGUGCUUAAAGUUUCUUUAACACAACCAAAAUCUACUUAUCUAUUGAAUCAUAGUUCAGUUUUUGUGUCUAUUGAGGUGCACCAAGGGUUACACAGACAGAAAAAUAGAUGAGAAGAUAAAUGGACAGAGAUGACCAAAUAGAUGCAUAAUUAGGUGACAAACUCGUUCAGAGUUGAUAUAUCUAAAUCUAACAUUUUGCCAUAUUUGAAUUUUACUGAGGGUUAAACUUUAAACUACUGAUAUCCACUGACGCGGAUGGCAUCAUCUAUUUCAUAACAAUCUCAACUAAGCACACAUUAAGACAGCUUUUUCAGCGGCAAACGUAAAUUGGUUGCAGGUAGUGGUCGGGAGAUUGGAUCCCUUUCACAAUCAAAGUUGUAAACCGGGAAAAGAUAUCAAUAACGAUAACAUAUUUCGUCGAUUUAAUGUCUCAUACGGCGAUUUGGUGAGUAUCUAAUUGUAAUAACCUACGCAAUUCCAAUAAGGAAAGAAAUUUCUCUUAGUUUAUCUUUACCUAUUCAUCAUUCUCUAGUAUAGAUCUUUUGUCUGUCGCAGGUAGCCAAAGGACCCAUACGAUUGUAUACAGAAAUUGAUUUACAUUUCAUAGAGUGAUUUGUUAAAAUUUUCCAAGAGAUUCAAUGGCAAAUGACCGUUUAACAUCUGUUUUGUACACUAUAAUUUGAUAGACAAUCAGACCUUAUGAAAAUUAUCAUUUUUGCAGACCUGCAAGUUCUCAUGUUUGGCUGUGAUGAUGUACAACAUGUGUGGUUGUGUAAUGUAUGCACUAAAAUAUUCAGAACAUCACGCGAAUGUUUGCGAUGGCUCAGACAAGGAUACAGGUAGCGUAAUAAACCAACGCGUUGGGUAAAUAUCGAGAAUGAGUUGAUUGAUAUUUUAACCAGCGUAAUGGAGGAGUUUUGGAAAUUUUUACCACACACUGAAUUGCAUUCGGUGAGCCACCCUACCACUAGCUCUUACAAUGUUCGCACUACUGGUUUGAGCCAAACUAUGACAACGAUGAUCCUUUUUUAAAUUUCAGUUGCUUGUGUUAACUCUGCAUUUGAUAAAUACAACCAAGGAGCAUGUGAAAAAGGUUGUCAAGAAAAAUGCUGGUAAGCAAACCCAAAAUAGAUUGUUAUCAUGGCUAAACGUGGCAAACAAACCGCUCAGUAAAGAACAUUUUAUUCAUGCCAUGCAAUUAUUCUCUCUAAAGUUCGUCCAUCUCACAGUUUAAACAGCAAACAGUUUACUCAAGACCAGCGUAAAGUUCGUUACCAUGGACUCCUAUUUUCUGUUCAUUUCUUCUUUUUCCAGACUCCGUUUAAAAAAGUGUUGAUCUUGAUCGAUUCAUGGAAGUGUCGUUCAGUUGUCGCUACUUUGACAAAUAGUCGAGAGGCAAACAUCAUUGAAACCAAGCCCCAGUCCCCCAGGUUGAGCAAUGGGUCAGCCACUCAGUAAACUUUUCUAUCGAUCUUCAUCUUUGAUGUAUUUUAGCUUUUCUUCUUUGGUCACGCCAGCUUCUUUUUCAUCUCUUAUAUGAUAACCUCUAUUUUAUUUUUUCAAGGGAGGACCUCUUUAAGACGACAUUAUCUCUUUCAAAAUGGCCUUCUCGGCAUUUUGAGGUAUUACACAUAACGCUUAUUAAAGAGCCAAGUUAAAAUUACAUGAGCAGACAGGAGUUUCCACACAAUGAUUAACUCAACGAAGGGCUUCUGUUCCAAUAUCGAGUAAAUUUACAUGAUAAUUACAGAGACUUACACUUAACCAAACAUCGUGGAACAUGGCAACACAUGCUACCAUGUAAUCUAGAAUAGACAUUCAAUAAUGUAUUUUUUCUAUGUUUUUUACAAAAUAUAUUUAGAAUAUACUUGUGAGGUCACUAGACGAGAAAGAUCUUAAGAAUUAUUCCACUGACCUAAGGUAUGGUUAAGUUUGUAAAACUUUUAGGUAACCAGCAAAUCUUAUAGAGAGAAAAUUGAUCAUCAGCAAAAUUUUUCUGUCCUUUAAAAUGACCGCAAGUGAGAGUCGUGGAGGCCUGGCCGUCAGAAGAACCAUGCCAUAGGUGUGUCAUUAUGGUGUAUUCAGAUGCGAAGCUCUUGACCCUGAGUGCCCUUCUCUAUCCAGGAGUGUAAAUGCGUACCUGCAAACUUCCAGAGAAACCCUUGCAAAUGCUAAGGAUAACCCCAGAUGAACUGACAUUCCAACCAAGUAGGGGGAGGGGUGGGGAAGCAUCACUCUUACUCUCUGGAAGACUGGGGAAAGUUUAGGCAGUAAUAAAAUGAGCUACUUCCACCAUAAGACGUGACCGUAGAUUUGCUCUGAUGGUAUCUUUCCAAUAAUCUCUCUUUAUCAGUGACAAUUUCUUGAGGUUGAAAAUUUAUUACGGAGAACUAAACUAUGAAGUAAUUGCAGAAGAGCUUGCUUACACAGUGAGUAUACAACAGAAAAAAUUUUGUGUUUUUAUUUGUUCAGGACGUUUGAUUUUAAACUAAGCACUCGCAUCAAGGGUCAACAACUUGAAAUAGACAGAGGUCCUUAAAGUAAUAGAGGAACUGUAACUCAAAUCUUUGUUGUCCUUGUAAAAGCCAGAAAAAGUCAACUUUGUUCUGGUUAGCUCACAAAUCAAAAAUUUUGGAAAAAAUGGAGAUGAUUGGGGCGUGUUCCACUUCGCAUAUAUGAAAAAUACUGCCAGUGCGUUUUCGUGUGCAUAUAAUCAGAAACUGAUGAGAUAAAAUCGAUGAUCUUGAUUAAAUGACAACGUGGAGAUGAUGAAGCCGCUUUUCUUUAAUCCAUGUAUAUAAUUUUCUGGUAAAUACCUUGGAUGGCCAAACUUUAUUCGUUUUAAAUUGCUGUCUUCAACAGUCAGCCAGAUUCCUGUCAGAUAUCGGAGGCAUUAUGGGAAUGUGGAUUGGAAUCUCCGCUCUGACGUGUGUGGAAGCUCUAGAGCUGAUGGCUUCCCUGUGUUCUAUGAUCCUGAGAAAAGUCAAACAGAAACGGACUGAUGUGAUUGAAGUGCAGCCGAAUGAUAAUUCCGCAUAG